GCUGUUGACGCUCUUUCUGGAGCUGCGGCUGUGUUGACCCUCAGGCACUCCCACAGGGGCUGUGGAAAGCUUUGUCCAACAACCCUCCCAGUUGAAACACAUCUAAUCGAUAUGGAUCCGUCACAUUUGUUAGACGCCAGCACAUCUCAUAGGGUGGAUCCGAACGAGCAGGAUCCCCAUGUACCAGAGGAUGCUACCCCCGCUCCGGCUUAUAAGGACGGUUACAGCAGCGAUUCGCGCGCCCAUUAUUCCUCCCACUCCGUCGUCGAAUAUAACACCCCAACUCGCGAUUACCAGUCUCACGAUGAUUCACGGCCGAACCUCUCCCCGUUAGCCCAACCUCAGUUUCCUCCUUCAACGUCUCGGCCGAGCUCCGAAUUGUCCAGUGCGCCCGGAGUCUCCCAGGCGAGCCAAGAUGCCAACCAGAAACAGUCAUCGCAGCAACAAACGAAGAACAGCGUGGUGAUCAAGGUUGGAAUGGUCGGGGAUGCACAGAUUGGAAAGACGAGUUUGAUGGUUAAAUAUGUGGAGGGCAGCUGGGACGAAGACUACAUUCAAACUCUAGGUGUAAAUUUUAUGGAAAAAACCAUCUCUAUCCGGAACACGGAGAUUACUUUUUCCAUCUGGGAUUUGGGAGGUCAGCGUGAAUUCGUCAAUAUGCUUCCUCUGGUCUGCAACGAUGCCGUAGCGAUCCUGUUCAUGUUCGAUCUCACUCGCAAGAGCACGUUGAAUUCAAUCAAAGAAUGGUAUCGCCAGGGCCGUGGCUUCAACAAGACGGCGAUUCCUUUCCUGGUUGGCACUAAAUAUGAUCACUUUGUCAAUUUCCCCCGAGAGGACCAGGAAGAGAUCUCGAUCCAGGCCAAGCGGUUUGCCAAGGCCAUGAAGGCCAGCUUGAUCUUCAGCAGCACUAGCCAUAGUAUAAAUGUACAAAAGAUCUUCAAGAUAGUCCUAGCAAAGGCUUUCGACCUGAAAUGCACCAUUCCCGAGAUCGAGAAUGUCGGUGAACCGCUGUUGCUAUACAAGAACGUAUAGAAUCACGAUGAAGUGGAAGUAACGAUUACGUAAAAACGGGACGAAGUGAUGUUGAUGACUUCUUUUCCCUUGGUGUGUGAGAAGUGGCUACAGUGGGAGGAUUUUUACCUUGCUUUCCUUUUCUUAUCCUCGUUGAUUUUCUUCCAGCAUUGGGACGCGUCCAGGAUUCUUCUUUUCAUGUCCAUCCAAUUUUUUUUCUUUCCUUCUUCUUUUCCUUGUGUUAAAUUCCCCAUCCUUGUUUUUUAAUCUUUCUUCCUUCAUUUUCUUCUGGAUUCAUUCUACAACUGCAUCGGUGGCUCUUGAUGGGUUACAGAUCAGGGCCAUGGCGCCAUCUGUUCAAAUACUCGUUGAAACCCAGCCUCAAGCCAUGAGACCCACUAUAGAAAGUAUGCGUGAUACUUACAUGAGAUCUGUCCAAUGUAUGCAACCGGAACUCCACCCUAACUAGCCACACCCUAAUUCAUACGGAGUACAUACAUACAUAUAUACCUAUCACAUCCCACACCCCCACUUCAGUCAACUGAUACUCAUAAAUCCCCCGAAAAUCGCUCAACCCAUUCCCCACCUCCUGCCUCCCCAAUGGCGUCCUAUUUUUUGGCUAUCUCAUCUCCGAGCCUUUCAAGCGAUGCUGUAGGCGUUGAAUAGAGUUACUCGUCUAUUUACCCCCGCCUAGCAUUUCAUAAAACAUGUACCCGGCUAUACUAUUAUAGCCACAGCUGGAUAGAAG